GUUGUCAGGCGCAACCAAGGAACGCAGACUAACAGCCUUGCGAGUUUGAGGACUAUCAACUCACUGCCAGCCAGCCAUGGGCCAGGAUUAUUACUCUGUGCUCCACAUCACUCGCAAUUCAGAGGAUGCUGAGAUCAAGAAGGCGUACCGGAAACUUGCCCUGAAGAACCACCCACUGAAGUCCAGUGAGCCAUAUGCAGCAGAGACAUUCAGGCAAAUCGCGGAGGCCUACGAUGUGCUGAGCGAUCCUGUGAAGAGAGGCAUCUAUGACAAGUUUGGUGAGGAGGGCCUAAAGGGUGGAAUUCCUCUGGAGUUCGGAGCCCAGACUCCAUGGACAACUGGUUACGUCUUCCACGGCAACCCUGACAGGGUUUUCCAUGAGUUCUUCGGGGGAGACAACCCUUUCAGUGAAUUUUUUGAUGCAGGAGGAAGUGAUGUGGAUUUGAAUUUUGGAGGACUCAGAGGGCGAGGGGUCAAGAAGCAGGACCCCCCAAUUGAACGGGACCUCUACUUAUCCCUAGAGGAUUUAUUCUUUGGCUGCACUAAAAAAAUAAAGAUCUCUCGAAGGGUGCUGAAUGAUGACGGGUACUCCUCUACCAUCAAGGACAAGAUCCUGACAAUUGAUGUGCGGCCUGGAUGGAGGCAGGGCACCCGCAUCACCUUCGAGAAGGAGGGAGAUCAGGGCCCCAACAUCAUCCCAGCUGACAUCAUCUUCAUUGUCAAGGAGAAGCUGCACCCUCGCUUCCGCAGGGAGAAUGACAACCUCUUCUUUGUGAACUCCAUCCCCUUGGGCAAGGCCCUCACCUGCUGCACCGUGGAAGUGAAGACCCUAGAUGACCGUCUGCUCAACAUUCCCAUCAAUGACAUCGUUCAGGAUCCUGAGGCCUAACAGCUAAUUCACCUCUGAACUAAAGAUCAAUCAUCAGAAAGAAAAAAGGCCAAGGCCCAGAGGCCUGUCCCGGCUCCACACUCACGCUCAGAUCCCUUGGUGUAGAACUGCUUGACAGAGUCAUAGAGUCCAAUGCGGACAGAGGCGAAACUCAUCUGACGUUGCAGCCCGGCCACCAGUCCAUUGUAGAGGCUUCUGGGGCCCUCGGUGCGCACCAUGGUCAGGAUGGUGCCCAGCACACCACGGUACUGGGCACUGGCUGCAGUGCGCACUGGCCCCUGACUUUCUCCUUGGAUCUGCAAGCCCAAGACAGAGAGGCUACAGUGACAAGCAGGUCCAUCUCCUGCCAUCCUUGCACUCCCAAAUACCCCCCAACAGUCUGUCCUUGGGACAGAUUAGAUAGCAUCAGGGCCCCCGGGUGUCAUCCCCUCACCUGCAGCCGGACUUUAGCAGUGUCCAGAGGAAAGGUGAUGAGAUCUGCAAUGCAGGCCGCUGUGCCAGCCCCCAGGAACUUCACAGUGGCAGUUGGGGGCAUUUCUGUGGCCUUGAACCCAACCAUAAUUGUGAUUUCCCUCUACCUCCCAGGAGAUGGGGAAAAACUGGAGGGUGUACUGCCUUCAAUCAGCAAAAUGAGAUAGAGGAACUCUGCCAGAAUCUGUGCUGGAAGGAGAGAGGCCCCAUUAGCAACAGUGUCCUGCUCACAAUUCCCGGCUCCAGUCCCCACUUUCCUGAUAGUACCACACAGGACCCAGGGGCCCUGUGAGGGCAAACAGGAGGUGCUCUGAGGGCCUCAAGUAGGCACCAGAGUUCAUAUUUUGUGUAGGGCUCUCUACUUUACUCCAAGGAGGUGUGGAUUGGCGUGACCCCAGGGCUGCCCUUGGUCUGUGGUGCAUGGAGUUAUCAGUUGGGGGAGAUUUUGCCAGACUAAGACCCAACAGACAAAAACCCACAGGCUUAUGUUCUGGAUUCCUAAACAGAAGAGAUUCUUAUGGGUCUAGAAUUAAGAAACAUAAGAUGACUAAGUCAGUCCUUUCCAGCCCCAACAGAGCUCAAAGACUGCUUGUCAGAAGAGGGGAAGCUGGAUGUAGUGAAUACCUGUAGUCCCAGCAUGGGGAGGCUGAGGCUACACAGUGAGUUCAAGGCCAGCCUGAAUUACAUACGGAGACCCUGUCUCAACAAAACAAAAAACCUAGUGAUUCCUGCUUCCUGGGCAUAGCUAGGAGGGCAUAUUCUUAAAAUGCAAAGGAUGGAACAACCAACUCCACUGAGGGCCAGGUAGAGAAAUGAUGGCCAGGAAAGACUUUUUAGGCACAGUAAUGUUUGCUUAAGGGAUGCCGAGUGAUUCUAGGGGCUGAGCACCCAGGUGCAUGGCUCUUUUUGGCCUCUGGGGAAGCCAGUUUCCUCCAUCACAGGGGGAUCCACAUCUUUACAAGAAGUAGGGAUCAGAAGGUUAUGAGUCAGAGCUAAGGAGUGACACAGGAAACCACAAGUUUCAUUCUGUUCUCUGAACAGAUCAACACCCUCAUCUACUGUGCCAGAAGGAAGUAAACCCAGCACCCCACAGUUGGAGGCAACCUGCUUCUCUUCCCUAGUUUCACUUCUCUGAUUUCAGAGCAGCAGCUGCUCAGCUCAACUUGACUGGCUGUCCCUGUCACUGGGACUCAUGGAGGAAGGAUGUGGUAGGAGUCACUUGUGAACAGACUCACAGAAACAAAGAGCUCACCCUGGUUCUUCCUCCUGGGCCUCACCCCAGAUGGCUGGGCAAACAGAAAAAUAAGCGAGUCACCAUAGCAACUGCUUCAAGGGCCUGCCCCACCUCAUCCAUGUUUCAUGGGUCUUGGUCCACAGCGGGCUCAGUGAGAAAGGUGCUUGGAUGGUACUGUGGGUUAAUGGAGGUGCUCCCAGGGUCCCCAGCUUCUCUGACACCCUAUUCCACCAGGAGAUGCCCUACACCUGGUCCCACCAACGGCCCCAACUUUCUACUAGCUCAUUUAAUCCUCAGAGUAGCCCUGGGGCAGGCCCUUAUUUCUUGUGAGGAGAAUUUGGCAAGGGAAGCCUAUAUUCUUUGUCGCUAUUUCAUUUCUUUCCUGGUGUUUCUCAGCCCCAGGUACAGAUAGGGCCUUUGAUAAGGAAAGUUCCUUCAGGGCAAUUAAACAGUUCUGAGUUUCGGACAAA